AUGUGGACUAAAUAUUUCAAUUAUGUGUUAUACGGCAUAGCCGUAACUUUCUUCAUCAACUACGUAAAAGUAUCAUAUUUAAUUAGUUUUUAUUACGACGUAUUGUUUUGCGAUUAUGAAAACAUGUCCAGAUUUGAUUAUAUUAUUGUUGGAGCAGGAAGUGCAGGAUCUGUUCUAGCUGCAAAACUGUCUAGUGCUGGAGAAAAAACAUUACUUGUCGAAGCUGGAGGUGCUCCGGCUUUUUUUUUUAACAUUCCAAUCAUCGCACCAAUACUGUUGAACAGUCCCUAUGACUGGAGGUACUUGACAGUUCCUCAAAAAAAUGCCUGCAAGGGCUUGGAUAAUAAUCAAAGUGUGUGGUCAUCGGGAAAAAUUUUGGGAGGCUCCAGCAGGCUCAAUUACAUGAUAUACAGUACAGGACACCCAAAUGAUUAUGACUCUUGGAUGGAUAAUCUUCAAGAACCAGUUGUUGAAAAUGGAGGAUCUUUGUGCAUUAAUUAUGACAACUGGUCUUCAAGAAUAUCUGAUGCAAUACUAAACGGCAUUGUGGAGUUGUCAUACAGUUUGAAAAAUCCCAAUGACUCAUCAUCUACUGGUUUUAUGAAGGCCCCGUUAACAACGAAAAACGGAGAACGUUGGAGUACUGAUAGAAUACUUUACCAAAAUUCAAGUAAAAGACUGAAAAUUUUGACAAACUCAUUUGUCAAAAAGAUAAUCUUUAAAUCAAAUAAAGCAAUAGGAAUAGAGUUUUUGAAAGGAUACAAUACUUAUAAGGCUUUUGCUAAAAAAGGAGUAGUUUUAAGUGCUGGGGCUAUAGGUACACCAAAGCUAUUAAUGCUUUCAGGUGUUGGGCCCAAAGAACAUUUAAAAGAACACAAUAUAAAAACUAUAGCAGAUUUACCAGUUGGUCAACACUUAAUGGAUCAUAUAAUAACUGGAUUAGAUUUAGUAAUCGUGAACACUACAGCCAUGGGUGUGGCUGAUAUUUUAAAUCCUCUCUCAUUCCUAGACUAUUAUUUGUAUGGCAAAGGUCCAUGGACUACUUCUGGAGUAGGUGUCAUUGGUACAUUCCAUAGUAAAUUAAUGAAGAACAAACAAUCAAUACCAGAUUUGCAAAUAAUAGCUCUUUCAGUUGGUAUAUCACAGGAUAAUGGAAUACUACUAGGGAAGAAUCUGGGGGUUUCUGAUAAAGUUUUGAAAGAAUAUUUUAUACCCUUGGCUUACAGUACAGCAAUAACAAUCGCCCCCGUAUUAUUGCAUCCAAAAAGCACUGGAGAGAUAAAAUUAACUAGUUCGAAUCCAUUCGACCCACCAAUGAUAGAUCCAAAAUAUUUAUCACAUGAAAAAGAUAUACUGACACUAGUAGAAGGAAUACAAUUCGUUAAAACUUUAGUAGAAACAAAAGUUAUGAAAAAAUACAAUGCACAGUUAUACAGAAAACCACUUCCUGGCUGUGAACAUAUAAACUUUGACUCAUUAGAGUACUGGAAAUGCUAUGUUCAACAUAUGACAUUAAGCACAUAUCAUCCAGCAGGAACAUGCAAGAUUGGGGAUGUUGUUGAUUCGAGAUUUAGAGUCUACAAGACAAAAAAUUUAUUUGUUGUUGAUGCAUCAGUCUUUCCACGGUUACCAAGUGGAAACAUUCACGGUCCAACAGUAAUGCUUGCUGAGAAGGCUUCUAGAUUACUUACAGAGAGUUUGAAAAAUUGCAAUAGUAAGGUACAACAAUGUUACCGAAAUGAUGUUUUUCUUUUAUCAAAUACUUGCUAUUAACACUAA